UACAACAUGGCGUUGUAAAUUUAUCAAAACAAACUGAUAAAUGAUAAAUUGAUUAACACUUAUGUAUAGAUAACAAAUAGAUAUAAAUAUAAUGGGUAGUAGAUAUAGAAAAACAGAUACGGAAUCGCUUCCGUUAGAGGAUGAUGUCCCAUUAAUUAUUGAAUCAGAUGAUAGUGAACCGUUAAUAGUGAGUGGCAGCAGUCGUGCACGUCGUAGACACAAUAUAGUCAUGUCUGAGAAAUCAACAUUACGAAGAAAUCUUGUAGGAUUUUGGUUUCUAGGAUUAUGUAAUAAUUUUGCCUAUGUUAUAAUGUUGAGUGCAGCACAUGAUAUUCUUGAUGAUGAAACUGCAGCAGCCCAAAAUAGUACCUCGGGACAUAAUUCUACCACAACAGUAUCACCAGUUACAACAACUAUAAAUGGUACGUCUUAUAUGACUUGUAAUCAAAUUAGUACCGGGGCAAUUCUUCUAGCUGAUAUAUUACCAACUUUAUUAAUCAAAUUUACAGCACCAUUUUUUUUACAACGUAUAGGAUACAGAAUUAAAGUUUCGCUGACUAUUCUUUUUGCUAUGGCCAGUUUUCUUAUUGUAGCAUUUGCUAAUGAAGUGUGGUUGAGCAUUAUAGGGGUUGUGUGUGCCAGUAUAAGUGGAGGAUUAGGUGAAAUAACUUUUCUUAGUUUAACAUCAUUUUUUGACAGAAAUGUUAUAUCAACAUGGUCAUCUGGUACAGGUGGCGCUGGUGUAUUUGGUUCCUUAUCAUAUGCUGGUUUUACAUCUGCUGGUGUCAGUCCUAGAACUACUGUAUUACUAAUGGUUGUUGUUCCUGUUAUAAUGGCAGUAAAUUAUUUUUGUGUAUUAAUUCAUCCUAAAGGCUUAGAUAACCCGACAGAUGAUACAGCUUCAUUAAUAAAAGACAAGGACAAGAAAACAGCAAAUUUAUCAUUAAAAGAUAAGCUACGCCUUGUUGUGCCAUUACUGAAGUUUAUGAUUCCUUUGACAACAGUGUAUUUUGGAGAAUAUUUUAUUAACCAGGGAUUGCAUGAGUUGUUAUAUUACAACAAUACUGGUUGGCCAUAUUUAAAUAAAAAAGAACAAUAUAGAUGGUAUCAGGUAGAUUAUCAAAUUGGUGUAUUUUUAUCAAGGUCUUCAGUGAAUAUUUUUCCCAUUAAAAAAGUAUGGAUUUUACCAUUUUUACAGUUAAUAAAUAUGGGUGUAUUACUAGCUCAAGUUUUUUAUCGUUUUAUACCAAACAUAUGGAUUAUAUUCGCCAUAGUAUUUUAUGAAGGAUUUUUAGGAGGUGCCGCAUAUGUUAAUACAUUUUAUAGGAUAGCUGUGGAGGUACCACCAGAACAUCUAGAGUUUAGUAUGGGCGUAGCUACUAUUGGAGAUACUGUAGGAAUCGCUGUAGCAGGGGCAGCGGCCAUCCCUUCUCACAAUCACAUGUGUAGUCUUCAAAUUAAGAUGAAGUGAUAAAACCAACCAAGAAAGAAACUUUACUUAUUAUGUGACAUCAUAUAUGAACACUACACAAGCUUCAUUGAAGACUAUUAUUGAAAACUGUUCUGUACGUAAAAUUGAUUAUGGCUUCAUCCUGUUGUGUUCACUCCAAUUCUUGCCAAUCAAACAAAGUGAAAAUUAAAGCUAAUGAACACUUUGCCAUUCCCCUGCAUUGUGUUCACACCCUUUGUAAGUUGGAACGUAAAACGGGAGAUAACUCUCGAUUCCAAUAUUGUUUGUGAUCAUAUGCCUCCAUGUUAAAAGAAAUAAAACUUGAAUUGAUAAAUAAAAGACAUAUUUAUUGUCAAGUUGAGUUCAAUAUUAGAAUGUCAUAGCAUAUUUAUUCACAAAAUUACAUUCUAAAUCUUUAUUCAGAUUUAAUUUAUAGAUCUAAAAAAAUUGUUGGUCAGAACUUUAAUCCAAAUCCGAAAAUUUAAAUAGCAUUCUUCCAUUUUUUGGUUGUCUUAAAUAUAAAUCAAUUUAUAAACCCUAGUUAUAAACCAUAGCGCUUUCUUGUAACAAAUGCAUUUUUCUGUUAGGUGUAUAGUACAUGUAUUGUUAAUGAUCAGUAAAAUAUAUGAAUAUUAAAUUAUAAUUUUUUUUAAAUUUUGGCAGAUUUCUAACAAGAAGGUCAAUACAUCCAUUGCUAAGUCCAUAUAAAAAAUAUUCACUUAAAAAUAAAAACCAUCCUUAAUUACUGCAUGUAAACAUUUUUACUUUCUUGUAUUUCUUCUGUAGGUAGAACUAUUGUCUUUUGACUGCACUCGUUUGUGUGACACAUCCCUUAGACUCAAUGAGAUCUGCAUAUUUCCAUAUAAAAAAUAACACCAAGAUGUUAAUUUUCGCCUUUUCUGAGAAGAAAGCAUGGAUGAGCCUAAUCAGUCAACAAAACCUUUUCAUAGUAAAUGUGCAGGGCAAUUUACCCCACACAGCCCAAUACUAAAAAAGACUGUAUGGUCAAUGCAAAGCUUGGUGUUUCAGCAUUUCAGGUGUCUCCCUUUACCACCCAAUACCACAAAAUUUUAUACAAUGACAUAUCCUUACAAUCGUUUGAAAGCCGCUAUGAUAAUUUACAGAAAAUGAAAUAUUUUUAUAUGCAGUGUAGUAUCAUUCCAGAUACAUUCUUUUAUCACUGGUUUAUAUAUGUAUUAAUAAACUUUUCACAUAACUGCAUAAUUUUGCAAUUUAUUACUGGUUUAACUCAUUGAAAUAAUAGAGGCAGUCUUUUAUUUUUUUAAAAUAUAAAUUUGAAUAAAUUUUCCUACUGAAUAAACAUACCUAAAAAAAACUGUUGUCAUUCCAUAUACAUGACUGCCGGUCAUUUUUGAUAACGCACGAAAACUUUGCAAAGUAAAUUCAUAUUUCAUGUUUUUUAUUCAUGGUACGGUAUUGUGAAUUCAAGUGUCUAUACCACUUUGUCAGCAUGGGAUACACAAAAAAUUAUAUAUUGGACUUAGAAUUUGUACAACCACAGUCUAUCCAUCCACUGAAAGUCAGACUUCAGAUAAUAUCUUGUGAUUUUUGCCUUUAUUAUACAAUAAAUAUUUUUGUAUAAAACUAGUAUCUGUAAAUCUUUAAUAAAUAAAUUAUUACUAAUACA